AAUCCUUCGAUCUUCACUCACCACUCCAUCAAAACGAUCAGAUAUAAAUGCACAUAUGGAAUCACUAGUAAGCUUUGCAGGGAAAAAAAGACAUGGGAAGUUUAGGGAAGGUGGUGGAUGCCCUUCUAUUGCUAUCAUUCUUCAGCAUCCUGGUGAUAGUUCCGCUGGACAUCCCGGAAUCCAUCCUCCCUUACCACUGGAAUCCUCUCUAUCGAUUUUACACGACGAUCAGCCGGGAUUAUUUGGUGCUCGACAAGCCCCCUUUCUUCUUCGCACUCAUGAUGCUGGAGCUCUUCUACCUGUUUCCGCUCGCCGUGCUCAACAUCUACGGGAUGCUUACCGCCAAGCCCUGGUUCAACUCCACCUGCCUCGUCUCCGGUGCCUAUCUUAUCACCUCCACGACGGCUAUGGUGGGGGACGUUCUCGAUCCGAUUAACGGUCGGCGGAUUUCAUGGCGAAGUUGUAUUUUCCGUUUAUUCCGUUAGGGGUUCUCGCCGUAUUGUGGGGGCUGGUUCCGCAAUGCGGCACGGCUGCUCCGAUCACCGGUAACGGACCUGUGUCGGCUUUGAAAAAGAAGGCAUGAAGUUGAAGCUUGGACCAAUGAGUUACAAGGAACAUCUCUUUGAUUAAGCUACCAUGUCAAAACAAU